AGUAAGGCCAAAAACUUCAACUUUAGGAGAGUAUGUGUGAAAAGCUGAAGCUCUCCAUUUGGCUAGCCUUGUGAGUCAAGAAAGAAAAUAAGAAGCACUAAAGACUAUUGUGUUAAGGUUAUAAUUCCAAAAGUGCUUGAGAUUAGGUUUUCUAUAUCAGAUUAGUGGUUCUCUUUGGGAGAAAUUUGGCAAUGGCUGGGGACAUUUUUUGUCAUACCAUUAGUGGGCAGCUGGGAUGCUACUGGCAUCUAGUGGGUAGAGGCCAGGGAUGCUGCUAAGCAUCAUGUUUGCGGAGGACACCCCCACCCACCCCGCCCUACAACAAAGAAUUAUCUGGCCCAAAAUCUUUAAUGCUGAGGUUUCAAGACUCAAUAUAUUUAAGGUAAAUAGGAGAAAGAGAUAUGAAGUACUGGCAAUAAGGAAAAUUAGCUCUGCCUAGCUUUAAGAGAAUCCUAAGUGUGUGCAUAUUUUGUGGUUUGUAAAACUAUACAAUGAAAAGAAGCCUUAGUGUUUGGUGUUCACAGCCACAUAUGUCAGAGUGUAGAUAAACCAUAAAACUAUUGCUGAUGUUUUCAACAUCAGAUCUGCCAUCAUGCCUAUGCCAAAUGUUUCAGCAUACAAGUGUUAUGGAAGUACAAAUCUAGUUUUAGUCUUCCACAACUUGGUUCAUUAUAGCAUCAAAGGCAAAACACUGGGGGCUAUCUUUAGCAGAGGGGCUGUAACAUCAAAGAUUUAGCCUUGAGAACAACAUGACCCUCAGUUCCUUGGACAGCCACUAGGCUGGAAUUACCAGCACUCCAAGGAAACCACAAACCAGAAUAUUGUCAGUUUGCCAAGUAAAACCAUUCCAGCUUUGCUUGUUUUUAACAUACUGUUUUAAUCCUAUUUUUGGAAGGCAAAUAUGUAGGAGGAAAUGUGAUUCCCUAGAUUAAAUCGUUAAAAAGCAGGCCUUUAGAAGCACUAGCUUCCAUCUGCAGUUCAAUGGGACUUUAUUCAGCAGGUUUAGAAAGGUUCAACUGGGUGCAGUGGCUCGUGCUUGUAAUUCCAACACUUUGGUAGGAUUGCUUAAGGCUAUUCAAGAGCAGCCUGAGCUACAGCAAGACUGUCUCUACAAAAAAGUUCAGAUUUUUUUUUUUUAAUUUAAUUGGGAGACGGAGUUUCGCUCUUGUUACCCAGGCUGGAGUGCAAUGGCGCGAUCUCGGCUCACCGCAACCUCCGCCUCCUGGUUUCAGGCAAUUCUCCCGCCUCAGCCUCCUGAGUAGCUGGGAUUACAGGCACGCGCCACCAUGCCCAGCUGAUCUUUUGUAUUUUUAGUAGAGACGGGGUUUCACCAUGUUGACCAGGAUGGUCUCCAUCUGUUGACUUCGUGAUCCACCCGCCUCGGCCUCCCAAAGUCCCAGCUACUCAAAAAGAUAUGGUGGGAGGAUCUGUUGAGCCUGCAAUGAGCUAUGAUUGUGCUACUGUACCCCAGUGCCACUAUGAUUAUGCCACUGGGCAACAGGUCUCAAAAUAAGAAAAGUUCAGCCCAUGUUAGAAAAUCCGUUUAAAUGUGUAAUACACUAAAGAAAUAACUGCUUGCUCUGUCGUAUUUAGUUAUUCAUAGUCUAGAACUCUAGGCUUAGUGUUGCAAUCCAUUAUUCUACAAAUGGAGGCUCAAAGAGGCCACUUGGUUAGGUUUCCUGGGGCUUUGCCCAUUUCUUCUCUCCCCUAGUUAUGCCUUCAGGUGUGAUCCUUGUAUAUUCUUAAUUCAUGCUCUGCCAUAAGGUGGAUUCAAACUUUGUGCCUCCACGUGUAAUGUUUCAUUUUAGGAAUUAUUUCUUUUAUCUGCUUUAUAUCCAAACCAUUAUAUUUACUGACCACGGUGUUUCGAGUUUGAUUCUUUCAUAAAUAACUGAAUAGCCACAGAGAUUUUGCAGUAUCGCGGUUAUGUUUUGAAAUUACUGCUUUUGGGUCUGGUGCUUUCGCUUUGAGAAAGCACACAAGAUAUAGUGUGUUGGCUUUCAGAUCACUAAUAAUUAAGACCAGAGUUGUGUGUCGGUUUAAGGAAUCCUGUACGGCCCAUACAAGAUAUUUCACCAGCUGCACUAACUUUAAAUUCCAAGAUUCACGGGUGGUCCUGCCCUGGGUAAAACUCAGGAAGUAAAAGCGACCUUCGGGAGAGGUGAGAUAAUAAGUCACAGCGGGCGACCCAGGUGGAGGUGGCAACCCCUCUCUGGCAACCUCGAGCACAGCCAGGCCCCGCCCAGCUAUUUCCGGGCCACGCCCCGGAAGUGCUGAGAGGGACUUCCGCCCCGCGGCGAGGCCUCGGAGCCGGUUGCUGCUCACUGGCGGAGAAACGCUGAAGUGUUCCGGGAAACUCUUCAAUUAGAGGAAAAGGUGCUUGACUGCAUCUUUAGAGGAGUUGGUUUCGCUGGUACCAAGGAUUCUGCUAAUGCGAAAACUCCACAGUCCGGCAUAUUGUAAGCUGGGUCCAGCAGCCCAGUUGACAAUGGCUGAGGCCAGUUCCCGAUCAUCCUGUCUGAGAAACACCAGGAGUUUUUAUUCUAUGUGGGUCAAGUUUAUCAAACUUUUCAUUAAUGACCUCUGGAUUUUGGCUCAUAAGGAAGAAGGCCUUCUACUCUGAGGUUAUAAAGGACUCACCUCAUGUAUUUCUCUGGAAUCGAGGCCAGAGGUGUGAACAAGGUGUCAACCAUAACGCGCAGAUUUUUCUAAGGAUGGACCUGCAGCAGAAGGUCCCUGGCAUAUAUAAUGGGAAUACUUUACAGACUCCUGGGUAUGAAAAAGUCUCUAAGGGGAAGGACCAGUUAGAAAGGCACGAGGGUAGGCGCAUGGAAGAAAGACGGUAUAAAUGCAGUGAAUGUGGAAAGAAGUUUGCCCAGAGCUCGGGGCUUGUUCGACAUCAGAGAAUCCACACUGGAGAGAAACCCUACGAGUGCGAUCACUGUGGAAAAGCCUUCAGCGUGCGCUCAACCCUCACUGUGCAUGAAAGAAUUCACACUGGUGAGAAGCCUUAUUCCUGUAAUGAGUGUAAGAAAGCCUUCAGUGUAAGGGCACACCUGAUUAUACAUCAGAGAAUCCACAAUGGAGAGAAACCCUAUGAAUGUAAUGAGUGUGGCAAAGCAUUUAGUGUGAGCUCAGACCUUAUUAAACAUCAGAGAAUCCAUACUGGUGAGAAGCCGUAUGAGUGUGACGAGUGUGGAAAAGCUUUCAGUGUGAGCUCAGCCCUCAUCAAGCAUCAGAGAAUCCACACAGGAGAAAAGCCGUAUGAGUGUAAGGAAUGUGGAAAGGCCUUCUAUGUGAACUCAGCACUUAUUAACCACCAGAGGAUUCACUCUGGAGAAAAGCCCUAUGAGUGUGGAGAGUGUGGAAAAGCAUUCAGCCAGAUCUCAACCCUUAUUCAUCACCAGAGAAUCCACACUGGAGAGAAACCCUAUGAGUGCGAAGAGUGUGGGAAAGCUUUCCGUGGGAGUUCUAAUCUUACAAAACACCAGAGAAUACAUGCCAAAGGGAAGUGUCAUCAGUGAUUUAUGUGGGAAGUAUAUUCCAGAGGGCUUUUGUUACAUCAGAAGACACCAUCGAAAGAAGAGUAUAGUAAAAGUUAAUGCCUUAAUUGACACUUCACCCUUGAAAUACUGAAGUGAGAAAUCACUGAAAAGCAGCUCCAUCAGCAUUGUGGCCCAGGCUCUGAAAUCACGUCUACUUCUGAGAAUGUAAUUUUACGACUCAUAAGAAUGGAGGUUUACAGACAGUCAUCUGGCUGGAGGACACCCUUUGGAAUCAGCACUGAAAUGAAUGCCAUAUCCCACUCCAAACCAGCACGACUAUAAAUACUAAGCAAUAGCGACUCCUGGCCCUAAACAAGGAGUCUGUUUCAAAGCAGAGUUUUCCAGAGGAAGUCCAGCACAGCGAUGGCCAGGGGACUAAUAGAGACAUUUAUCAGGGACCCGACACUGAACAAGUUCAUGGGCUUGUGAAGAGUUUACCCAAGUGAGGGCACAUCCCCUUGGAAAAAGCACAACAGACAUUGCUUGAAGCUGAGGAGAGCAUCACUGAUAAAGGGACCUGAGACACCUGGGAGAAUUUGCUCUGAGAGGGAAACCGUCCAUUCAGUUUGCACAUGAUGUUCAACUUCAGCAACUGUAAGAAAAGAAGCAGCUUCUCAAUGUAAAGUUAGUGGAAAAGUCAUUGUCAUGAAAAUAUCCCUCCCUAUUUAAAAAAGCCUUAACACACCAGCAGCCCUGACUUAAACACCAGCAUGUCCCAACUGGACUGUGUAUCCUCAACAUGGAAAGACCUUCAGUGUAAACCCGAGUCCCAUGAAACAAUGGAUAAGCCAUCCUGGAGAGGACUUGCAUGAGGGUAAAGACUGUGGCAGAAUCUUCAGAUACUGUAUCUUGUCAGACAUCAGAGAAGUCUCGUGGAUAUCUUCAGUGUGGAAGGCCUUCUGUGUGAGCUCAGUAUUACUGAACAUAAGUAAAUUCAUUUGGGACAAGAGUCUUAUCUAUAUUUGUGGGUGUAGCAAAGUCUCAAAGUGCUGUGACAGCCUUAUUAAACAUCAGAGAAUCUGUACUGGAGAAAAAUCCUAUAGGUCUGAAGAAGAUAAUAAAAGGUUCAUUGUGGUUCAGCUCUGGUCACCCACCGGAGAAUCGGCACCGGAGAGCAGCACCAUUAUGAAUGUAGUGUGUGAGGGAAGGCCUUUAUUUGGAAGGUAGCACUUUUCAAUCAUCAGAGCACCCAUGCUGGAGAGAAAAUUUAAAAAUGUAAAAGUGUAGGAAGGCCUUCACCAAAAGCUCAGUCUUAUGCAUCAGAAAAGCCAUACUGGAACAAAACUGUAUACGUAGGACCACCAUAGUGUUAGCUCAUUACCUAAAGGGCAUCAGGAUUCCCAUAUGGGGAAAAGCUCUUUGUAAAUUAUGUGACAAAACCUUCAGUCAAAGUUCAGAUCUUAUCCAGCAUCAGAGUCCUCACUAGAUAGAAGCCUUAUGACUUGGACAAAGGUAAGAAACAUUUUGAUAAACCCAUCCUUUACUAAGCAACAGAGGAUACACAACAAAAAUGAACCUCAAUAAUCAAAUAUGUGGUAGAAAGAUAGUAGAGGAAUUUUUCAACAUCACUUGUCAUGAUUAGAUAGGAGUGGUAACAAUGAAAAUUAAAAAAAAAAAAAAAAAAAAGACCAAAUGCAUAUAAUCACUUUAACUGGCAUUAUUUUAUGGAAUUAAAGACAAAUAUUAUUAGAAAAAGAUUGUCAUGUCACUUCAUGGGCAAAGUUGAGGAAUUAAACUUCUGUGACCAGUCUCUAUGGAUAUGUUUUUGAGACGGAGUUUCGCUCUUGUUGCCCAGGCUGGAGUGCAAUGGCGCGAUCUCGGCUCACCGCAACUUCCGCCUCCUGGGUUCAGGCAAUUCUCCUGCCUCAGCCUCCUGAGUAGCUGGGAUUACAGGCACGCACCACCAUGCGCAGCUAAUUUUUGUAUUUUUAGUAGAGACAGGGUUUCACCAUGUUGACCAGGAUGGUCUCGAUCUCUUGACCUUGUGAUCCACCCGCCUCGGCCUCCCAAAGCACUGGGAUUACAGGUGUGAGCCACACCAUGCCUGGCCCUCUAUGGAUAUUUAACUGUCUUUGAUAUUGUUAGCUUUUUAUUUUCUGUAGUAAAGAUAGAGAGUAAAGGUAAGUCUUUGUAACUAAUCACAUAACUGUAACCUAGAUAAUCCAAUCAUUAUUGACUAUAUUGUUGUUUGUUUGGAAGUCUUAAUGCUCAUUAAAAUUUCUCUAAUAAUGAUUUUGACAUUUAUUCCUGAGACCCAAUAAGUGUAUCACUUCUUCCAGACUUACUCCCUUUUAUUUUGUAUGAUGUUAGUCUCAGAAAUGAUGCAAAUAAAUGUGUGUUUUGGCAAAUCA